AUGGUAGACGAUAUUCAGGAUCUUUUUCCUGGGCAACUAAACCAAGUCUAUGGUUAUUACGUUGCUCUCAGACAGUUUUGUGAUGUUACUGGUAGUUCACAAGAUAGGUCAAGCUCUUCGAGGGCUCAGAAGGCGAGGGCCAAGUUACUGAGGCUUUCUCCAGCGCAGUUUUUUGAGUUGAGUACGGAUGUUUAUGAUGAAUUACAGAGGAGAAUUGACGAAGCACAGGAUCAGCCAGACCAUUUACUGCCCAAGGAGCAUUUCCAUGUGAAGAGGAACCAAGCGAGACAGAAAUUGGCUAAUCUGUCGCAGACGAGGUUUAAUGAUUUAGUUGAUGAUAUUUUGUUUGAAAUUACAAGACGCGGGUAUCAUAACCAGCCAGUUGUUCCUGAGUCCCGGGGCGAUGAAGGACAGGGUUCAAAAGAUGAAUUAAGGAACAGUGGUUUGAGGCGUAGUAACCAAUCGUCUCCAGAAAGUGCUUCUAGGGGGGGGAGUAAUAUGGGGCAAGCAGGGCAAGGGUCCAACCAGCCCGUACGGAAAUCAGCCUCUUCUGUGAGGAAACAGUUGGGGAAGAACGUACAAUCGCACAAUCUAAAUUUGGAAAACAAUCAAGAGGCAGCUGAGUCGAAAGUACCUUUGAUGGUUACACCGAACACGUCCAUUCAAACGUCGCAAGUUAUACCAAAGAAGGCUUCUAUUGAUUGGUCUACGGAAGAGGAAGAAGAUAAUUUUAGAGAGGCUAGAGACAUCGAUGACGGCCACCCUAAAUCUUCACAGCCAUUUAGCUCAGAUCUGUCUGCGGAUAUUGACUUGGAUUUGAACAUAAGCGCCCAGUCUCCUGGUAGGAACCACGUUUCAUCGACUCCAAGUGCGAAAUCUCUAGGAUUGGAUGAAAGCGCCAUCUCUGCUACUUCACCGCUGUACACCAACACCGAUUCUUCAUCGCGCAAGGCUUUAUCGAGUUUAUCCGAUCGUGAUAAAGACAGGGAUAUCGUACUGCUUUUGGAGGAGGGAAAUAAAUUAGAGGCGAAAAUUAGGCAAAUGUCUGAAGAUUACAAAACUUUGGAAUUCAAAUCUGGACAGUUGGAUGGCCAGGUAUCAAUACUCUCUUCUGAAAAACGAUCUUUGAAUGAAAAAGUAGAGGAGCUGAGUUCGCAGCUACAAUCGUCUAAAGCGGAGAUAAACACUCUAAAAGGUGAGUUGUCGUCCAAGAUAGAUGACGCAGAAAAGAGGGAUGAAAUUCAGCAGGAACUCACUUUACUAAACAAACAGUUGAACGAAUUGAAGUUUGAAAAUGAGGCGUUUAAGCAGAAAAAUAUUACUUUGACUAUCCAAUUAGCGGACCAAGAUGCCGUUGUUGGUAAAUCGUUCAACGAUACAUUCAAAUCAAAGCUAUCAGCAUUGAACGGACAACUAGAGGAACUGGUUACUGAAAAUCAAACACUGAAACUAUCUAAUGUAGAAUUGAAGAACCAACUAGCCAAGCAGCAGGAACUCAAUACAAACAGACCUGUUGAUGAAAGCUUUCAAAAACGGUUAUCUGCAAUGUCCAACCAACUGAACGAUCUGUCUAUCGAAAAUGAAACAUUAAAACAAACAAAUACAGAAUUGACGUUGAAGCUAAAAAGGAUUUCAAGUAUAACAUCGGCCCCUAUAAAUGUAUCUCCACUAUCAUCGAAGGGCUCAAACGUAACGCUCGAUAGUAUUUCAAAGUUUAUAUCACCUCAAGGAUCAAUUUCUCUUCCGUUAAUUAAAUCGUUUAACACAAACUUAGAAACCAUUUUCAAGCAUUUGAGUCAGGGGGAACAGACAGGAGAUGUAUUGUUUGAAGACAUUGCUCGUAUAUCUGACGUGGUAGAUAAGAUCAUCAAUUCGACUUCUCAACCAGACCAUGAGCAAGCAACCUUAUUAGUAAAAGCUGCUAAUUCCCAUGCAAUCACUACUAUUCGCUAUUAUGCUACUUAUCCCACUAUAUUACCUGUUUUUACAGCAGAAAGUGCAUUGACUAGUAUUUCUUUUGCUGUUUGCAAAUUGGUUAGCGUGGCAGGUCUAAAACGAGGUAGUGGUGAGGACCUACCGAUAACGCCUUUGACGAAGAUGUCCAAUGAGACAUCUUCGCAACCAAACCUGCCUCAGGGUGGGAGCAAUGAUAAUUCUAUUUCCUCUUUAUCGCAUAGCAGUUUUGGAGAAGAAGAAGUUUCCACAGUUAAACCUUUGAGGAUUACUCAGAAAGUUUCUUCAUUAACACCUCCCAGGGAUAAGCCUUCUGUCCCAAGGAGACCUUCGGGUACUUCUUUAAUUAGUUCCAUGAUGUCAGGUACUAGUAAAAAAGAUACGCCUAAAAAUAGGAAUAAGCUAAAUUUGUUUAUUCCUACUAGUGGAAGCUCUUCUGCCAGCAGACGUAGUUCUGAAAGUGUGUCUUCUGUGGAUAAGAAUUCUGUCCCGUUUGUUAAUCCUGAAAUCAACGUAUCUACACCGGAGGAAACUAAUGGUACCCCCCCUUCGAUGAACAAAGUAUUGGAUAAACUCAAUGACUCCGGCAAAAGUUCGCUUAGUAAUCGCUCAACAGAUAUCAAAGUGACAGCUGAAACACCAAAUGCAGUUUCAAGCGCUGCAAAUAUUAGCGAUACAGUUAAUGACUUGACACAAACAGCAGGUAUCCUUUUAGGAGGGAAGGCCUCAGAAGAACAGAAGGACGCAGAGUACCAGAAAGACAAUGUUAAAAAAGCUGGUACGGAAAUGAGCAACUCAGUUUCUUUGGAUCUUGCUGAACCGAGGCCUUCUUUAAAUUAUAACGAUAAAUCCUCAAAAGAAUAUAUUAAAGAUAUUCAUGGACGAAGAGAUAAUGAACAGAAACCAGUUUUGAAAGAAAUGGAUUUUACACUCAAAAACAAGCAUCCAGAUAGAGAGGGCUUUUCAGUGGCAUCUUCAGAAAAGGCUCGAUCAACUUCUGAUUCCCCACUUAGUAUGUCAUUUAUUAAAAGCAACACCUUAACCCAUUCAGACACUCAAAAUCACACAACUGUUCAUUUUACAAGGACUACGCUAGUUCGCAAGAUUUUCUCUGGAUAUAGUGAUGAUUCUGAUAUUGAAACUUCUGGAUCGGCUGAAAACAGCUCGCCUGCUUCUCCAAGUGCAGAUGAUUUAACAUAUCAGGCUUUGAAGCAAAGUAUGAAGGGAAAUCGUGAAAGCUCUUCUGCGUCUCCAGAAUCGUCUUUGAGAUCUUCAACAUUCAAGACUGGUGUUAUUGCCUCACCAGGUCCAUUGAGGCCCCAAAUUCCGGUUACAAAAGAAUCAAGUGGCCGGAAUUUUAAUUUGGAAGCUACGCAAGUAGCCAAUCGAACUCCUACUUCUGUUCUUGAACUUCAAUCGGCAUCUUCAAGGCACGAAUUGUUCAGUGAAAAUAGGGCUGCUUUUCGUCCUGCAUCAGUAACUGAUGGGAACAAACCACUUAUUGGUACUGAAGACUCUAAAUCCCCAACUUCAAGCUACGAAACGGACAAUAAUGGAUCACCGGAAAGGGUGGUCAGCUCUGAUUCGAGUUCUGUCUUAGAGUACUCUGGAACUAUUGUGGAGAAUGUCAGAUUGGCAUCUGCUGUUACUGAUGUUCGCGAAAACUUGAAUUCCUCCCCAUUAAGUGGUUCCGGUACUCUAAAGUCAAUGUUUCCUAAUGAUGUUGCCAGUCAACUUAAUAUGCCAAUAAACAAUAUUGAAUUUAGUGGUUCAGGCUCUCCCUCAGUUGAGUCUCGUGGAAAUAAGGCUCUUGGUUUUGAAACUCCAUCGGAGGAACUUGAAAAUUCCAUUACAACUAAUUGUGAAGAGCUUCCAUCUAUAGACUUGAGAAACAAUAUCGAUAUUCAAAAAAUUGCUAAUGCUUCAACUGGAGGGGUGCAGAAUCCCGUUAAAAGGGUCCUAGUAUCAACAAAACGCAACAGCAUUUUCCAACACUCAUCCGACUCAAAAAAAAGUAUUGAAGGCUUAGCAAGAACAUUAUCAGAUGAAGAUUUAAAUGCUACUGCGAGUGAUAUUGCCAAGAAGUCUUCUAAGGAAGUAAACUCAGUGAAAUCCGUUGCGGUAAUCAAUUUCGAGGAACCACUUCAUGUUAGCGAAAACUUGAUUCCUAGGAACAUUGAUAAUAUUGAUUUGUCGCCCGUGAUAGCUACACCAGAGAAACCAAUUCUUAACUCUCGCUCAAUAGUUGGCUCAGCUGAUAAACGCAAGGAGGAACCAGUGGCUAAUGCUGAAGAUAAGGAUACGAAACAUACCGGUAUUUCGGAAGAGCCAUUUAAUGAAGGCACUCCUAAUCAUACAAAAUCACCGGCAACCACUAACAUUCAUUCUCCUGGUGCGAAAGACGCCUCAACUAAACUAACUGAGAUCGCUGAUAAUCGCGAAAUGCCAGCAGUCUCUCUGAAAAUGACAACUGAGAGCAGGCAGUUGGUGAACGAACCAUCGACAGUCAGGGAGUCUCCCUCAAAAACACCUCGGUUGGUGAACGAACCAUCGACAGUCAAGCAGUCUCCCUCAAAAACACCUCGGUUGGUGAACGAACCGUCGACAGUCAAGCAGUCUCCUUCAAAAACACCUCGGUUGGUGAAUGAACCAUCGACAGUCAAGCAGUCUCCUUCAAAAACACCUCGGUUGGUGAAUGAACCAUCGACAGUCAAGGAGUCUCCCUCAAAAACACCUCGGUUGGUGAACGAACCGUCGACAGUCAAGCAGUCUCCCUCAAAAACACCUCGGUUGGUGAACGAACCAUCGACAGUCAAGCAGUCUCCUUCAAAAACACCUCGGUUGGUGAACGAACCGUCGACAGUCAAGCAGUCUCCCUCAAAGACAUUUGAAUCGAACCCAGCUUACCCAAGUGAACUGCCUCAAACACCCUCGGAAGGGGGUGAUCGCAAUGAUGACACCCAAAGUUAUGAAGAAGAGGAAUUGGAUUUUAAUGUUGAAGAGUUUGAUAUUGAAAACCCAGAUAAUACACUAGCCGAAUUAUUGUUAUACUUGGAACAUCAAACUAUGGAUGUUAUUUGUACCAUUCAGUCGUUAUUGACCAGCAUCAAACAACCAAAAGCUACCACUGGUGAAUUGAGACAGAAAUCUAGCGCUAUUUGCCAAGUCAUUGGUCAGAUGGUUGGUGCAACUAGUGUAUCUAUGAAUCAAAGUCGUAAUGCAGCUCUAAAGGAACACGGAAACUGGGUCGUCCAGAAUCUAGUUGAUUGCCGUCGUAGAAUGGCAGUUCUAUGUAACCUGAAGUCUGAUGGUGUAUUACUAUCGGAUGAACAAGAUGAUCAGUUUGCGGACAAACACUUUAAGCAAAGGUUAGCCGGGGUUGCAUUUGAUGUUGCUAAAUGCACGAAAGAGCUUGUUAAAUCGGUCGAGGAAGCUAGUUUGAAAGAGGAGAUUGAAUAUCUGAACUCCAAGUUAACGAAAUAA